AUGCUCUACCUAAUUGACUAUUACACCACUCCAGUUACUCGAAGGACCAAAUCUUCAUUUUAUGACAUUCUUAGUUUCUACUGUAUAGUAUUACUAACCAGGACUGGAUUCACUACAAGCGUUGCAUUGGUAUUACGUGUAACCGAUGAAUUCACAACUACAAAACUUGUGGAAUCAGGACCUCAGUAUGUGUUAGUUCAAGUGUGUAUGUACCUGGACUGGAUUGGGGAUGACUUCUCGAUGGUGAUGAUAUUCUUGAUGGCUCUUAAUAGAUGUCUUCAUUUCGCGGCGAAGGAUGUUAGUCAGAGAAUUUUUGGGAAGUAA